CAGUUUGCUGAUACAGCUAGUUGUAUCCUUCACACCUGAGAAAGGCAGUUUUCAGCUAUAAAGCAAGCAAGCAGUCUCCCGAAAGUUGCUCAGGACGCCAUGAUCAUCCUGGCGGUUCAAUGGAGAACCACAACAAUGUAGCAUCAAAUACCACCACAUUUGAGUCGUUCCUUCGAAUAUGUUUGUAAAAGUUUUAGACUUCUGAAUCCAAUUUAUAAAUGCAAAUAAAGUUGAUUUCUUUACCUUUGGGCUAAGCAUGUACUCUUCGAAAAGACACAAAUAGCUGUCGAAUAUAACUAUCCACCAAAAGUGUUUUCAUUGUAUUCUAGGAUACUUCAGGAUUACCCAUCAAACAAACUCCAUUCAGUUUGCUGAUACUUCUAAAUGUAUUCUUCACAUCUGAUAAAGGCAGUUCUCAGCUACAAAGCAAGCAAGCAAUUUCCCAAAAGUUGCUCAGGACGCCUGAUCAUCCUUGAGGUUCAAUGGAGAACCACACUGCAGACGCAAAAGUUGUUUAUACUAGUGUUGCAGCCAAUCAAGCAGCAGCAUAAACGCCAACAUAAACCACAUAUAUUUUCCAGAAAAUAUAGCAUUAACUCAAAAUUCUCAUUACCAAUUACACGGAAGAGUUUACAAUCUGUUACAAAAUUAUCGAUGGCAUUAAUUUUCUCAAUUUUAUUGACAAGUACGGCCAUAAGACUCUGGUCGAUACAAUAUGCUAGAAAUGGCAUAAAAAGCUAUAUCCGUGGUUCCAUGGUUACAAUAAGCCAGGAUUUUGAAAAGAAAGAGGAUCACAUGAUCCUAAUGAUUAACUUCCUUUUGGACAUCAAAAUAUGA